AUGCAGACGGAGGAGGAGACGGCCACCGCAGAAGAGCCCAUUUUGGAGGAAGGGUCGGGACGAGAGCAGCAAAGGCCAGUCCAGCAGUCUCUGGCGUCCUCUUUGUGUCGGGAGUCCCACUGGAAGUGCCUCCUCCUGACCCUCCUCAUGUACGGCUGCUUCGCCACGCUGGCCUGGUGCGCUCUCUGUCGUGUUCCCGUCCUCGGCUCCUCCUCCAUAAUCCCCCUCAGUGGCGACGACGACGCCACCUCGGCGGCCUACUACAAUGACAUCCUGCACUUGGAGAGUCCGUGCUCCAGCGGCUACGUCUACAUCCCCCUGGCCUUCCUGGCCAUGCUGUAUGUGGUUUACCUGGUGGAGUGUUGGCACUGCUUCUCCAAGACGGCCAUGUUGGCUCACGCUGAAUUCCAGGAGGUGUAUGAGCGUGUGCAGAGGCUUCAGCAGGCCACGCCCUGCAUUUGGUGGAAGGCCAUCAGCUAUCACUACGUGAGGAGGACCAGACAGGUGACGAGAUACCGCAACGGAGACGCGUAUACGACCACACAGGUCUACCACGAGCGGGUCAACACUCACGCCUCCAGUUCAGAGUUCGACUACGCCCGCUACGGUGUCAAAGAUGUAUCGAAGGAGCUGCUCGACCUGCAGCUGCAUCCUGCUGUUCGCCUGCGUUUCACCAAGUGUUUCAGCUUCUCAAGUGCUCGUGCUGAAGCUGCCUACCUCACCCAGCGAGCGCGCUUCUUUGGCGAGAACGAGGGGCUCGACGACUACAUGGAGGCCCGGGAGGGGAUGCACCUGAAGAACGUGGAUUUCCGCGAGCACAUCCUGGCGUUCCCAGAUCCUGCGCAUCAGCCGUGGUUUUCGAGGCACCGGGUGUUCUGGCUGGCUUCCGCUUUCCUCCUGUCCUGGCCGCUGCGAGUGGUGUCUGAGUAUCGCACAGCAUAUGUCCACUACCACGUGGAGAAGCUGUUCGGGGAGGACGAGGACACGGGCGGAGGCGGGGGAGUCGGCGGAGGAGGGCCAGGUGGAGGCGGGAGAGGGGACGGGGUUGAAAGAGGGACUGAGAAUGGAAUCCAUCCAGGAGGGAUUGGGAUUGGAAUUGGCAUGAACGGGACAAGCUACCGAGCCAUCUCCCGCGUGAACACAGUGGACAUGACAGAAUUGGAGUGGCACAUCCGCUGUAACCAACAGAUGGUCCCGAGCUACUCCGAAGCCCUCCUUAUGGACUUGGACACGAGUGGGGGGACGAACCCCACGGUCUCGACGCCCCUCUCCGGGCCCCCGGGCACCACCCCCAGCCAGGGCUCCAACCCGCCUCCUCUGGCUCUGCCUGUGGUGUUCAACUCGGCUUACCUCCUACAGAGCUGCCCCCGGUGCCGGAGGACCACAUCGAGCGCCAGUCUUCCCUCCAGGCUACGGGCCCCGAUGGGAACCACGGCCCUGCUAAACGCUACCGUGGCAGGGAUCAGGGCGGCAGGGCCUGGAGGUGCAGGCAUCGGAGGAAGACUGGUGCUCAGUCGGAGCGGAUUCUCUCUGGGGAGACUCGGAGGUGGGCGCCAGAACAGCCUGUUUCAUUCAAGAAGCAUGGGGGGAGGCCUGGGUGGAAGUAGGGAGGAUGGAGGAGGGAGCGGGGGAGGAGGAGGAGGAGGGGGAGGAGGCGGGGGAGGAUUCCUGGGGUUAGGUUCAAGACAGGACAACGAGGAGACCAGAGGAGUGCUCGAAGGAGAGGGCGACGACGACGAGGAAGAGGAGCAGGAGGAGGAGGAGGAGGUGAGGAUGAGGGAGGACAGGGGGAGAGGAGGGAGAGAGAGGGACGAGGAGGCAGAGCAGGAGAGCGGAGGGGGAGCAGAGUUGAGGGAGGGGAGGGAGGGGAGGGAGGGGGACAGGGAUCGACCUCCAUCCUACCAGGACGCAUUCUUCUUCCCUGUCCUCAUUAUCCACGGAGAGGAGAGCUGCCACGCCGGAGACGACAUGUGACAAAGAGAAAAAUAAGUAAGAGCUGGAAGGUUCAGGCAGAAAGAACAGAAGGAAAAGAGUGGACACACAGAGAGAGAGAGAGAGAAGAGAGGAGAGGAUGCAGCCAGAACAAAGAGAAAGAGGUAAGAAUAGAUCUGCAGUAGACAGAAUUACCAAGGAAACAGGGAAGAAGUUCAAAUAAGUGAAUAAGGGAAGGAAGAGAAGACGCAGGCGAGAAUAGACAGGAAAGACUCGCAGUGCAUACUGUAAAAAGUCAAUAAACCCACGAGCUCAGAGGGAGAUGAGAGCUGAUAGAGAAGUGCAGGAGCGAGAUAAGAUGGAGGCUAAGAAAAUGUGUGAAGGGAAGAAAAUCCUGCACUUACUGCACAGAUGGAGAGAGAGAGAGAGAGAGAGUGGAGGGGCGGCAGAUUAGAUAUUUGGGAAAAACUUAGGAAUGUCUGUUCCCAAAUACAUCUGUGCAGGAGCAGGAUGGGGGAUCUAAAGAUAGCAGCAUGGAGAGCAGUGGAGGGGAGGUGAACCAGCUGAGUGGUCGUGGGUAGUUGCACUGGAGGAUGUUCAAAAGGGUAUUUGAGGGGUUGAAACUUCAGUUUUGCUGAAAUAGAAAUGCAGAGAGACGAACUAAAAAUGGGUUAAAGCAGGAUGAGGUGAGAUUUAAAGGAUGAGAUCACAAACAAUGACAGAAUGCAGUGCAGUGAAGCAGAGGUAAAGAACACGGCAUGCCUUUGUGGAAAGAGAGCAAAAUAGAAAAUCCAGUGUUGGAGCGAAUCAAAUAAACACAAGAUGGACACA